CCUCCUCUUUGAAAUCCCCGCGAUACUCUUGUUUUCCGUAGCAACAAAACAAAGACUGUUUCAGAGAGUUAUAUUUUCAAUCAGUAAGCGUUAUUUGACAGUAAUACCGGGAUAUUUUACAUUUCAGAAGAUACUUCAAUAAGCAAAGAUGAGUCAACGUCAGGUUUUACAAGUAUUUGAGCAAUAUCAAAAAGCUCGUACUCAGUUUGUUCAAACUGUAGCUGAACUUGCAUCAAGGCCUCAGAAUAUAGAGACCCUACAAAAUGCUGGAGUCAUGUCUCUAUUACGUCCAUUGCUGUUGGAUAUUGUUCCCACAAUUCAACAAACAGCUGCCCUUGCACUUGGACGAUUGGCCAACUACAAUGAUGAUCUGGCUGAAGCUGUCGUGAAGGGAGACAUUCUUCCACAACUUGUUUAUUCGUUGGCAGAGCAAAAUAGAUUCUACAAGAAAGCUGCUGCUUUUGUGCUUAGAGCUGUUGCCAAACAUUCCCCACAGCUAGCACAAUCAGUUGUAGAUUGCGGCGCCCUUGAUGCCCUCGUCAUAUGUUUAGAAGAGUUUGACCCUGGUGUGAAGGAAUCUGCUGCAUGGGCCCUUGGCUACAUUGCAAGGCAUAAUGGAGAGCUAGCUCAAGCUGUAGUUGAUGCAGGAGCAGUCCCCCUGUUAGUGCUCUGCAUUCAGGAACCAGAACUUUCAUUGAAGCGUAUCGCUGCUAGUGCUCUCAGUGAUAUCUGCAAACACUCCCCUGAACUUGCCCAGACUGUUGUUGAUGCUGGGGCCAUUGCACAUCUUGCUCAGAUGAUCUUAAACCCAGAUGCUAAGCUUAAGCGUCAAGUGUUCUCUGCACUGAGCCAAAUCUCCAAGCACAGUGUUGAUCUGGCUGAGAUGGUUGUGGAGGCAGAGAUAUUCCCUGCAGUGCUGACUUGCCUCAAGGACUCUGAUGAGUAUGUCAGGAAGAAUGUAGCUACACUGAUUAGAGAGAUUGCCAAGCACACUCCAGAGCUUGCCCAAUUGAUAGUGAAUGCAGGAGGUGUAGCUGCUGUGGUUGACUACGUUGGAGACUCUAAGGGAAAUGUACGACUACCAGGAAUAAUGAUGCUGGGUUAUGUAGCUGCUCAUUCAGAAAAUCUAGCCAUGGCAGUUAUUGUGUCAAAGGGUGUUGUACAGCUGGCAAUAGCGCUGACAGAGGAGCCUGAAGACCACAUACAAGCUGCAUGUGCCUGGGCCUUGGGCCAGAUAGGACGCCACACCCCUGAACAUGCCAGAGCCGUGGCAGUUUCCAAUGUGCUACCAAAACUAUUGCAGUGCUACUUGAGAACAGAAUCUUCAGAGGAUCUACAGACUAAAUCUAAAAAGGCUUUAAAGAACAUUCUCCAAAAAUGUGUCCACUUACCAUCCUUGGAACCUCUAUUACACGAUGCCCCACCAAAUAUUCUGAAACACGUCGUAGGACAAUUUAGCAAAGUACUUCCCCAUGAUUCCAAAGCAAGGAGACUAUUUGUUACAAGUGGAGGCUUGAAGAAGGUACAGGAGAUAAAGACUGAACCUGGAAGUGCUCUAGCAGAAUACAUUAACACAAUCAAUAACCAAUAUCCUGAAGAAGUUGUCAAAUACUACUCCCCUGGUUAUUCUGAUGCUUUACUCGAACGCCUGGAAGAAUACCCUGCCCAACAAUAGACAACAAUAACAGCAUAUGACAAUAAAAAUAUAAAAUUACAAAAUGGAGAACAAGAUCGAGAGUGCCACAAAAAGAACUCUCUACACUUAAAAAGUGUCUGAUGAUGCCAUUGGAUAUGGGAAUCAUCAAUUGGCAUUAUAAGGCUUUCGAGUUGGAAAACUUUGGGAACUGGGUGUAUAUUUUUAAAAAAAUUUACCUUGGAACAACGCAGAUUCAAUAUCAAUAUUCCUGCAAAAACUUAAUGUGGACAAUCUAGGACGGGUGUUUAAAAAAAAAGAUAUGGUCAUAAUGAGGAUUUUUACUAUUGACUGAAUUUACGAGGGUAACGGAUAGUUGGAAUAAACAAAAGUUGAUCCUUUGUUGUCAUACCACAGUGUCUUCAUCUGUAAAUAUUUUAUACAUAAACCCAUUUUGAUUAAAAUUUAAACAUGGCGCCUGUUUAUUUUUUAAUUUAACUUUGGUAUGAUAACAAGUUUUGGCCUUGGUUUAUGGGCUAUAUGUAAAAUGGAAAUUAUAAUGUAUAAUCGUUAUACAUUAUAUCUAAAAAUUGUUAAAACUGUUUGUAUUGAAUUGCAAUAUUUAUUUGUUUAUAAGAGAAAUAAAAUGUUAA